AUUUGUCGGCAUUAAUGCAUCUGACAUAAACUACUCAGCUGGUCGAUAUGAUCCAUCUGUUAAACCCCCAUUUGAUAUAGGGUUUGAAGGUGUUGGUGAUGUGGUAGUGUUAGGACUCAGUGCUAGUGCAGAUUAUACAGUGGGUCAAGCUGUGGCCUACGUGAAAGCAGGUUCCUUUGCUGAAUACACAGUUGUGCCUGCCAAACAAGCAGUUCCUCUACCCUCUGUGAAACCCGAGUUUCUUACUUUAAUGGUAAGUGGCGCUACAGCAUACAUCAGUCUGAAAGAGCUGGGAGACCUGUCUGAAGGCAAGAAGGUUCUGGUGACAGCAGCGGCUGGAGGAACGGGCCAGUUCGCUGUGCAACUUGCAAAGAAGGCAAAAUGCCAUGUAAUUGGAACCUGCUCCAGUGAUGAAAAGGGUGGUUUUCUGAAAUCCAUUGGCUGUGACCAUACGAUCAACUAUAAAACUGAAAACGUUGAAUCUGUGCUUAGGAAGGACUACCCGGAAGGUGUGGAUGUGGUGUAUGAAUCUGUUGGGGGAAAGAUGUUUGACUUGGCUCUUAAUUCCUUGGCUGUCAAAGGGCGCCUGAUAAUUAUUGGGUUUAUCGCUGGCUACCAAAACCCCACUGGCCUCCAGCCCAUUCAGGCAGAAUUAUUGCCAGCAAAACUGUUGAAGAAGUCUGCCAGCAUCCGGGGUUUCUUCUUGAACCAUUACCUUUCUGAAUACAAAAUGGCUCUGAAGCAUUUGCUCAAGAUGUACGAAAGAGGAGACCUGGUUUGUGAGGUGGACUUCGGAGACAUGUCUCCAGAGGGCAAGUUCACUGGCUUGGAGUCUGUGUUCCGUGCUGUAGAUUACAUGUACAUGGGAAAAAACAUUGGAAAAAUUGUAGUUGAAUUACCUCACUCUGUCAACAGUAAGCUGUAAAAACAGAACAAUGAUAUAAAUCAGAAGAGAGAAAAUGGGCACUUUAUGCCUCAGAUUUACUAGAAACAAUUUCUUUUUUUUAAGCUUAGUAAUGGAUACUAUAUUAAAAAACAGCAUUAAAGUGUUAAUAAAAAAGGGUUUUUUUGGGGGGUUUUGUUUUAUUUCUUAAAAGUGCUUAAAUCAGUGGUUGUAGCACAGACUUAAUGGGUCUGUGUUUGAUUCUGUCACUUAGGUUAGCAUGAGACGAGAACAGUGUUCUUGACAGAAUAAGUCUUGAUGCAGAGGCAGUUUUAGUCUAUCAGACUGAUUUGAUAAAACUUCAUAUAUAGUUCGGCUCAGAAAAAAAAAUCUUUCAGCAAUUUGAAUUCCCUGAUUUAAAAAUAAAAUUGUUAGAACAA